GUACCUAUGAAUUACUAUAUUGGGCAGCCGAAAAAAAGUUCGAUUGAUUCUCAUUAUUUUGUAGAAACCCGGUAAAGGACGAGAGAAAGAAGAUAACCUCUAUGAAUCUUGCUCUGGUUCUUGUUCAUGACGUUUUGCUUGCGGGUGGUAUCCAGGCUGGCGACGGCCCCAUCAAGCAAGCGAUUCUACGCCACAAGACGCGUCUGAAUGGCGAAUUCCAAAGAAUAAAAAUUAAGCGUGGCGUAAGGUCGAACCUUGAAUUAGCCCACAAUGGGGAUGACCGAGCAGCGCAAAUACCACGUUACGUAAGGGUCAACACCCUGAUGUGGGCGUCGGAUCACGCCAUGGACGCGUUCGUCUCCAAUGGCUAUGACCUCACGGAUCCUUUUACAUCCAGUCGGAGCUUCGCUAAGGAUGAGCAUAUUCCGAACCUUCUCCUGUUUUCACCCCAAACCACGUUCCAUGACGACCCUUUGUACAAGUCUGGGAAGAUCAUUCUACAGGACAAGGCGUCUUGUUUUCCGGCCGUUGUUCUCUCACCGCCCUCAAGAGAAGGCACCUAUGUGAUCGAUGCAACGGCCGCGCCAGGCAACAAGACUUCCCAUCUCAGCGCGAUCAUGGGCAACAUUGGGAAGCUGUUUGCGUUCGAACGGGACCGAAAACGAUUCAAAACACUCGAAAUGAUGUUAUCCAAAGCAGGUUGUCAGAACGUCGAGACUCUGAACCUCGACUUCCUUACGGUAGAUCCUCAAGACGAAGUAUAUCGCAAGGUCACUCACAUUCUUCUAGAUCCCUCCUGUAGCGGCUCUGGCAUAGUCAACCGCCUUGAUCACCUCUUAGAGACAGAGGCAGAAAAUGAGUCCGAGAAAGACGAACGUCUGACAAAACUGGCCGCUUUUCAACUCGUGAUGAUCAAGCACGCAAUGAAAUUUCCCGCAGUCAAGAGAAUUGUCUACUCGACUUGCAGCGUCCACGCGAUGGAGAACGAGCACGUUGUUCGUGAUGCUUUGAAAUCGGAAGAGGCUGAAAGCGGCAGAUUUAAAUUGGAGGCUCCAGAAAAUGUCCUGCCGCAGUGGAAGCGCAGGGGACUUCCAGAAGAGAUGGACAACCCCAGUAUAUCAUUCUCAAAAAAGUGCCAAUUUUAUACUCAUCUUUCAACAGGUGACGCUGCUUCGUUGAUACGCUGCAGCCCCGACGGCGAUGCUACAAAUGGAUUCUUUGUCUCUUGUUUCGUUCGGAGUGACAGCAGCACCAGCAACGCCCAGAAACGAACUUUAGACGAAAAAGAGCGCUCUGUACAACAAAAGCCGCGGAAAAAGAAAAAGAGAAAGAGUCACAAUAGCUAGCACGUUUGUAUCUUUGAAUCAAUCGCACGCAUUUCGCAAAAAAAAAAACAUAUCAUUGGGUUACAGUUCAAAGAAGUAAAACACCUGAAACCUCGCAGCUUGAAAAGGUCUCCGUUAGUAGGGACGCCGUGUCCACGCUCCCAUCAACCAUGUCGGACAAAGUAUACCUACAA